AUGGUAGUUGACACCCAGGACGACUAUGUCGUCCAACCGACCGACAACGAGAAAGACGAAGUUGCCAUCAUCAACCCAGACCAGCCAGAUAGAAUCUUGCUUGCGACGGACUAUGAGGCUAUGAAGGAGGUUGUUCUUCCUACACUCAUCGAAGAGCCCAAGAUCCUCGAAGAUGCCGUUCACACAUGGACAGUGGAGAACUGGAGGUCUCUGAACAAGAAAGAACAUGGCCCUGUCUUCCACGCUGGUGGAUUUCCAUGGCGAAUUCUCCUAUUUCCCUUUGGUAACAAUGUUGACCAGUCUUCAAUAUAUCUCGAGCAUGGGUUUGAGGAUACCAGCAAGAUACCUGACGACUGGAGCUGCUGUGUGCAAUUCGGCUUGGUCAUGUGGAACAUAGACGAUCCUUCUCUAUUCUCCCACCACAACGCACACCACCGUUUCACUAAAGAGGAAAGCGACUGGGGGUUCACCAGAUUCCUGGAGCUCAAGAAGAUGUUUCAGCUUCCUUGGCUGGACUCAGAUCGCCCCCUAUGCGAAAACGAAUCUUGCAACCUCACUGCCUACGUCCGGAUUGUGGAGGAUGAGACAGGCGUGUUAUGGCACAAUUUCAAUAACUACGACUCGAAGAAGGAAACCGGUUACGUCGGUCUGAAGAACCAAGGUGCCACGUGCUACCUUAACUCGCUGCUCCAGUCCUUGUACUUCACCAAUGCUUUCCGGAAAGCUGUAUAUCAAAUACCCACAGCCGAGGACGAGAGCAUCGCCAACAGCGCCUACACACUGCAGAGAUUAUUCUACCAGCUCCAGACAUCUAACUCUGCGGUAGGGACGAACGAGCUCACCAAGUCUUUCGGCUGGGAUACGCGGCAUAUCUUCGAGCAGCAGGAUGUGCAGGAGCUAUCGAGAAAACUCAUUGAGCGCAUGGAGGAGAGGAUGAAGGGCACCGACGCCGAGGAUGCUCUCCCGCGUAUGCUCAGUGGCAAGGUCAAAACCUACGUUUCCUGCAUCGACGUAGACUACGAAUCAAGCCGCAUUGAGGACUUCUGGGAUAUUCAGUUGAAUGUCCGAGGUAUCUCGACCCUCCAGGACAGUUUCAAGGACUACAUCCAGCAGGAAACGCUUGACGGUGAGAACAAGUACUGGGCUGGUGACGAGUUCAAAUACCAAGACGCGCACAAAGGUGUUAUAUUCACAAGCUUUCCCGAGGUUUUGCAUCUGCACCUGAAGCGCUUCGAGUACGACAUUCAACGCGACGCCAUGAUGAAGGUGAACGACCGCUUUGAGUUUCCUGAUACCCUUGACGUAGCACCGUACCUUGAGAAGGGUGCUGAUAUGUCUGAACCCUGGGUAUACAAGCUUCAUGGUGUUCUGGUGCACAGUGGAGACCUUAACGCGGGACACUACUAUGCUUUCCUGAAACCAAAUAAAGAUGGAUGGUUCCACAAGUUUGACGAUGACAAAGUCACCAAGGCAACGAUGAGAGAAACCCUGGAGGAGAACUAUGGUGGCGAAUACAAGACCUCCAAUCCCCAGCUUCGUUCCGCAUUGCAGCAGAGAAAGCAACCUGUCAUCCGCCAGAUGAGUGCAUACAUGUUAGUCUACAUUCGAGAGUCUCGGUUAGACCAAGUCUUGACACCUGUGAGCCAAGAAGACGUGCCGGCCCAUCUAGAGAGAAGAUUGACAGAAGAGGCUGCGGCAAAGGAGGCCAAGAAAAAGGAGCGUGAAGAGCAGCAUCUCUACUGCCCCGUCAAGGUCAUCACCGAGGAAACAUUCAAGAACCAUGGAGCCACUGAUUUGACCAAUUUCGAUGCGGAUCCCAAGGACGAUCCUGCUGCACCAAGGCUUUACAAAACCAAAAAAAGAUCCACAAUGGAAGAGCUUCUUGCGACCAUCGCAGAAGAUAUCCAACAGGAUCCCCGCAGAAUACGCCUGUGGAUCAUGGUCAAUAGACAAAACAAAACGACGAGACCUGACCAACCCAUCAUGGAUCUCAAGCCCACCGUGGAGGAAACAUAUACGCGGUCAGCCAGUACUAGCCGGGAUUACUCGCUCCGCCUCUGGGUCGAGGUCGCGGAAGAACUCAACGCUCAGGGCGAGGCUGUUUGGCCAACUUAUCAAGGAAACGCCAAUGGUGUCAUUGUCAAGACGGACCUGAUACUCCUAUUCUUGAAAUACUUUGACCAUGAGAAGCAAACUCUCCAGGGUGUUGGCCACGUCUAUGUCAGCAAGGAGAAGAAGGUUGAGGAGCUGGUUCCCAUACUCUCCAAAAAGAUGGGCUGGGGGGAGAAGCUGCCUCCAGGAGAGCAACUGGCAAUGUGGGAAGAGAUCAAGCCAUCGAUGAUUGAGACCCUCAAAGCGAAGCAGUCCUUGAAGGCCGCCGAGCUGCAGGAUGGCGAUAUUAUCUGUUUCCAACGAGUACCGGAGCGUAAGGCCUCAGGUGAGAUUCUGGGUAAGAUAACGAGACUUGGCGAUAAGCCCUCGGAUGGUGUUGUCAAGAGAUGGGACCAUUUCGAUGACGCUCGCGACUUCUACGACUUCUUGUGUUGGAAGAAGGACGUGCGCUUCUACCCGCACCCGACCAGGUGUGACAAAGAAUAUGACAGCUUCAUACUCACACUCAGCAGUAAAAUAAGCUACGACCAACUGGCCGAACGUGUUGCCGAUGGCCUGAAGGUCGAUCCGACACAUAUUCGCUUCUGGUCUGUCAAUGCUACUAGUGGUAACCCGAAAGGACCCAUCAGGCGCACGGCAAACCAAACACUCCACCAGAUCCUCAAUCCUCACAGUUAUACGCAGACGAACUCGCAGACAAAGCAAGACGUACUGUGCUUUGAAAUUCUUGAAAUGAGUCUUGCUGAGCUGGACACAAAGAAGAAUGUCAAGGUGACCUGGCUCUCCGAAGGCAUCACCAAAGAUGAAACCUUCGAUGUCCUUGUCAACAAACAAGGUCAUAUCGAAGAUCUCAUUCAGGCAUUCUCCAAGAAGGCGCAAAUCAAGGAUGAGCAAGAAGGCGGGCGGAUACGAGUCUACGAGAUUCACCACCACAAGUUCUUCAGGGAGCUCGCACCAAGCUAUCCAGUGCUCAGUAUUAAUGAUUAUGCGGAUGUGGUUGCAGAGCGGAUUCCGGACGAAGAGCUUGACGUUGAUGAACGUGAUUUCAUCAAGGUCAUGCACUUUCAGUCAGACCCCACGAGGGUGCACGGCAUCCCCUUCAAGUUCUUGCUGAAAGAGGGUGAGGAAUUCUCGGAAACAAAGAAGCGCCUUGAAAAGCGCACAGGCAUCAAGGGCAAGGCUUUUGAGAAGAUUAAGUUCGCCAUAAUCAAGCGAUAUCAAAAGCCAGUUUACCUUAAAGAUGAUGAUUGUCUUUUUGCCGAGGGUGGUGCAGUUGAGGACGAUAUGAUUCUCGGAUUGGAUCAUGUGGACCGCACAAGAUCCACACGGAAUGGACAGGAGAUGUUCCUGAAGUAG